CAGAGCAGCAGUGUGUUCCCUUUCCUCUCACCCUCCUCUCUCCUCAACAGGGAUCCUCACUCGUCCUCAGAGCCUUAUAGCAGCGGCAGACAUGGUGCUCCACCACAAAGAGUUCACCAGUGCAGGCAAGGCAACCGGGCUGCAAAUUUGGAGGAUCGAAAACCUAGAGCUGGUCCCUGUGUCGGAGAGCUUACAUGGGAACUUUUACACCGGAGAUGCUUAUGUGAUUCUCAGCACUGUUGCACAGAGAAACAGCUUCUCCUACAACCUGCACUACUGGCUGGGAAAAGAGUGCAGUCAGGAUGAGAGCACUGCUGCAGCCAUCUUCACUGUGCAGCUGGACGACUACCUGGGUGGAAAGGCGGUGCAGUACAGAGAACUGCAGGGUGUGGAAUCCACGGCCUUCACCAGCUACUUCAGGGGAGGAAUCACUUACCAAACAGGAGGUGUUGCCUCAGGAUUCCACCAUGUGGUCACCAAUGACCUUUCAGCUCAGAGACUCCUCCACAUCAAGGGCCGGCGCGUGGUCAGGGCCACCCAGGUUCCCUUCAGCUGGGCCAGCUUUAAUAGUGGAGACUGCUUCAUUGUUGACCUUGGAAAUAAGAUAUAUCAAUGGUGUGGGUCCAAGUGUAACCACUUUGAAAGACUGAAGGCAGUACAAGUGGCCAGAGGAAUCCGUGACAACGAGAGAAAUGGCCGCCCAGAAGUGAUGGUCAUAGAAGAGGGAAGUGAACCGUCCACAUUAACUGAUGUCCUUGGAGUCAAGCCAGAGCUGGCAGAGGGAGAUGAUGAUGAUGUGGCUGACAUGUCCAACAGGAAAAUGGCUAAACUUUACAUGAUAUCAGAUGCAUCAGGAUCCAUGAAAGUUACAGCUGUGAGAGAAGAAAACCCAUUUGACCAGAGUGACUUGCUAUCAGAUGAAUGCUUCAUCCUGGAUCAUGGCAAAAACAAGAUGAUAUUUGUAUGGAAAGGGCAUAACGCCAACCCCAGUGAAAGAAAAGAGGCCAUGAAAACAGCUGAGGGCUUCAUCAAGCAGAUGGGCUACCCCGCAAACACACAGAUCCAGGUUCUGCCAGAGGGAGGUGAGACUCCCCUGUUCAAGCAGUUCUUCCUGGUCUGGAAGGACAAAGAUCAAAGUGAGGGUUUCGGGAAGGUGUCUGUCAAGGAAAGAAUCGCAAAGAUCCAGCAGGUGGCGUUUGAUGCCUCUAAGCUCCAUGAGUCCCACCAAAUGGCAGCCAAGUACAACAUGGUGGAUAAUGGGAGUGGAGACACACAGAUCUGGAGGGUGGAGAGCAGUGGCAGAGUCCCAGUUGACCCAAAGAGCUACGGACAGUUCUACGGUGGAGACUGUUACAUCCUCCUGUACACUUAUGGGAAGAGGCAGAUCAUCUACACCUGGCAGGGAGCCAGCUGCACUUUGGAUGAGCUAACAGCCUCAGCGUUCCUGACUGUAGAACUGGAUCGUUCACUUGGAGGGACUGCAGUUCAGGUCAGAGUGUGCCAAGGUAAGGAGCCUCCCCAUCUGCUCUGUCUCUUCAAAAACAAACCCCUCAUUGUUUAUAAGAAUGGUACGUCCCGCCUCGGGGGCCAGGCCCCACCACCUCCAACCCGCCUUUUUCAGGUACGCCAGAAUCUGGCAACCAUCACCAGGAUCGCUGAGGUUGAUGCCAGAGCGACGAGUCUCAACUCGAAUGACGCCUUCCUCCUGAAGAUGGCUGAUGGUCGGGGCUACUUAUGGAGGGGCAAAGGGUCCAGUGAAGAAGAAGUAAAAGGAGCCAAGUACAUAGAAAAAGAGCUCAAGUGCAGCAGCAACAGCAUCAUGGAAGGGAGUGAACCAGAUGAAUUCUGGGAUGUACUAGGGGGGAAGACAGAGUACCAGACCUCAGAAAGACUAGAGAGUCAGAUUAUGACUCACCCUCCUCGUCUGUUUGGAUGCUCCAACAAGACGGGCAGGUUCAUAAUUGACGAGGUUCCUGGAGAAUUCACACAGGAUGACCUGGCUGAAGAUGAUGUGAUGCUGCUGGACGCCUGGGAUCAGGUGUUUGUCUGGAUUGGUAAGGACGCCAACGAGGUGGAGCAGAGUGAAUCUGUCAAAUCUGCCAAACAGUACAUUGAGACUGACCCGAGUGGCCGCGACAACCUUACUUCUGUGGUGGUGGUGAGACAAGGCCAUGAGCCCCCCACCUUCACAGGGUGGUUCCUGGCUUGGGACCCGUCCCACUGGGAAUCAGUCACCUGGAGUUUGAAGUCUAUGACCCUUUAAUGCAGUUGUAGUGUUCCACCCAGAAACACUGAAAUAUCAUCCUUUAUGUAAUCAGUGUGUCAAAAGCAAUGAAUGCAAGAAUUAAAAUUAUCAAUCUUUUGUUGGCAACUGUAUUAAGAAAUGAUUAAUUGCUGUUAUAAUGUGUGUUGAUAUAUGAUCACACACAUGAACAAAAGCCUUGCAGUGAAUUUUUCAACCUUUAAUGAAUUUAGUGCCUGUUCUAAAUGUGCCUGUUUGCCUGGCUUGUGUUAAUGCUUCACGGCUACUUCUGAUUUAUUCCUUGUUUUUUGUUAGUCCUUCUCAAACAGUUCUACAAUAUUCUCUCAGAUCUUUUUUGUUGAUGUUGUGUGCAGAGCUUUUUACAAUUCUUUUUUUAAUUAGUCAUCUUACGUGGUUUACCUACAUCUACCUUUUAGUUAAAUUUAUAUAAUGCAGCUGAAUCUGUUUUAAUAUUGGUCAUGUUAUUACUCAUAUUGCACGUUGUCUAUUUCAGAGGUCUGUUAUGCAACUGACACAAACCUUAGAUCCAAGUUCACAACAUUUCAAAAUUAAUUUCAUCUCUAAGUCAGAUUACUAUGCAGCAUAGCAGCAACACAUCUAAGUUGUGCUUUUACUUUGAAAAUAAUUGCUAAAGAGAAAGUGACACAUCAUUAUUUGGAGGAGGAGGGGUCGUCUUUAUGAGAAGAGGAUUACAUAAAAAGCUCUACAUUUCACAAUUUUGUGUUAGACCUCCUUACUGUGCUUGCACAAUGCAUAAACAUUACAUCCAUGUAUAUUUGUUAUAUUGCUAUUGAUAUAAGUUACAUUAAGAUAAUCAUUGAUUUAGUUUUAUUGCCCAGCCCUAAUGACUGGGAGUCUUGAAUAGAACAGAGCCAGACUUAGUGGAAACAGGAACAACUGGGUCUUUCCAGGGAAAAGUCAGAAUGUCUGCCAUGACGCUCACUGUAUAUGUACUUUAUAUAGGAUCAUGACAGUUUUGCAUUAGUUUAAGAAUGCUGUUGGUUACUGAAUCUGUGUAUGAGCAGAUCAUACAGCAUACUGAGCCCCACACCAGUCUGCUUCACAACAACCCAAAUUAGUUUCCCAGCUGAAGUCUCUUUCUUAUCUAACUUCCAAACACAUAAGGGAUAGUUCACCCAAAAAUGAAAAUCCACUCAUUAUCUACUCAGCACUAUGCCGAUGGAGGGGUGGAUGAAGUGUUUGAGUCCACAAAACACUUUUGGAGUUUGAGGGGAAAACAGCGUUGCAGCCAAAUCCAUUUAAACGUAUAAAAACAGCGCCUUUUACACCGUGUCUUCAAAACCUAAAUGUCAGCUGUUUUCUUCCUCCUAGUUACUGCUGCAGGUAUCACAGGAACUUGUGAGUCUCGCGAGAACUUGUGAUACUUCAGGUCUAUUCCUUUAACCUACACCUCAGCUUGUUGAAUUAGACACCAAACAAACAAAAUGAACCUGUUUGCAGGCUGCACAGCUGAUGAGCUGUUCGGCUGCAGCACUGUGUGAAGCAGGAUAAAACCACAAGCUGGUAUAGUCCUUACCCACCUACUGCGCAUGACAGAGCAAGUUGGUUUACAUGUGUCCACUGUGUAAAGGCUCAUUUAUGCUACCUUUAGUUUGAAACAUCUUUGUGUAUUAUCUUUGCUCUGUGUCAUGUUUGCCCCCAGUCUGUCUCUGUGUGUGUAUUCUCCUGGACAUGAGUACCCCCUCUCCCACUGUUUUAAAACUUCAAAGUUCUGCAUUACAAACACUCGCCUCAUUCACCAGACUUCCAGUCCAGACUGCAGAUCGACCAGUCAGCAGUGACAUACGGUAGUCAAGGCCAGUGUCUCUGCCUUUGAUGGUUUGUUUCCUGCGAUCAUUUGUGUUUUAACUUUGCUUUCCUGUGCCUCUGGUCGUCUCCUCCAGUUCUACUGCUGUCAGACAAUGUAAACAAUAAAAGUUCACCAUUCAGACAAGUGUUUUAGCUCCAUAUCAGAAAUAAUCUCUGUCUGCACGAACAUGCUUGUUUUACAAGACCUUUCAUGUUUAUGCAGCAGAUUGUCUCCUCUCCAGUUAUUUGCUUAGUUGCAGAAAAUUCAGCAAUGGAAAAAAUGGGCAGGGAUUUCAUGUUUUUGGCGCGACGACAAGAUGGAACUAUACUGACAGUGUUAGUUAGCUUAACGCUUGAGGCCAGCGGCAUUUCCAAAAGUCUCAGUUUCAAGGGUUCGAAAACCUGUACAGGCCAUUGUUUUAAACCAAAACUUUAGUGUAGACCAGUCCUCGGUUCUCACUCCUUCCCAGUUUGUGGAUCUGCCUCCCGUUCUAAUGAGCCAUUGCCUCUUCUCAAAUCAACCUUACUCAGCUGCCUCUUGGACUUAGUCCCUGCCUCUCACGUCGCACCCUUAGAACACACUCCCUGAAUUACAAUGAGUCCUUUGUUAAUCAUCUACUGUCUCUGUGGAUUGAGUUUGCAUUUAGUUUCGGAAACGGAACGGUUAUAACCAUUUCAAAUAAUGUGGCAAUAAGUACUCUCCUACUUCUUCCAUGUGACCUUUAAAUUUAGGACUGUUAACUGUAUUAGUGUAAUAAGUGAUGGCUUCACUCCUCGCCCCAUCCUCCCCUACCUAGCAUAUAAGAGAUUCAACAGUGCUCUUCAGAUAACAUAGACUCAUAAAAGUUCCUUGAUGAGGACCUAGCUGCUCCUAAUGUCGAUAUAAAGGACUCAUUCUCAGCUAAUGAAAACGACCAAUUUACUCAAUUUAUUAUCAACUAAUGUAAACAUUAUCAGGAUUAUUAUAUUCUGUGUCUACCAAUAGAGCUCCAUAAAUACUACACACUGGCACUCUCAAAAAGGGAGGACUAUUUCGCCUGACUCAACACCUACUUCUGUGAAAAUAUAGAUCCAUACAUAAAAUAGAAAACUCAGACUUCCGUGUCACGCACAAUCAAAUACAUUUCUAUUCUGAAUCUAUAGCCAGAGGUUCAUAAAACCACCCUUAUAUAUACCUUGUAUAAUGUCAACAAUUUCUUCCAGUUGCUUUUUUUUCGGGUGGCCAAGUCUGAACCAAAAUGAAAGUUUCUGAACAUUCACAAGUCAUAUUACAAACACUUUCAUUGUCUUGACCUCUUAUUGCCACAUGAGGUCACUGUGCAACAUGAACAUAUUUCUCUGGUAAAAAAAAUAAGCUGUUUUUGUGAUAUCAAGGCUAGUACCGUUUGUUUUAAUCUCUUUGAUUAACGAUGGGGUUUUUGAUGAUUCUGUGAUCUUUUAAUUUCAUCAAGUUAUUUCAAAAACACAUUUGCUGGUACUAUGUGGGCUCUGUAUGCAGACUGUGUAUUGUGUCCCCUUUCAUUCAAUUGUCUAGGAUUACUGUCUGAGAGAUUUAGGGGUAACAGCCUAUUUCCUGUGUUGAUAGCACUUUAACAGUCUCUCUCAACAGGUGAGUGUCUCAUCUGUCUGGGACUGGUCUGUAAAAGUCCAACAUUAGACCAGUGUCAGUUCACAUUUGAUCCAACACCUGGUGAAGUUCUUCAUCUGAAACAGCCUGGCUACAGAAUAAAUUAAUAAAAAACACGUACCUAACCACAAAUCCUUUUCACAUUUCUGUCUAAUGACAUAACAUCUUUUAAUUGGUGGCAGCAUUAUAA